UUAAAAGAUAGAAAACUGACCAGGGUCUUUGCUUUGCACUGCAUGUCAGUGCCUCAACAUGGAGUCAUACAAAACUGCUCUCUUACUCUGCCUGGUCCUUUCUGCGGGUGUCCCAGGAGGAAGGACCCAAGAACCAACCGGUGACGUUUUGCAUGCGUACACUAAAACCGAUGGGGCAUGGAUUUUAUCUUUACUGAAAAGGGAAUACACGGUAAAAUCGGUUGAAGACUGUGCAGUCAAGUGCAAUGAGGAGUCAGCUUUCACUUGCAGGUCUUUCACGUACAUUGAGAAGGAUCAAGAAUGUAUAACAAUACCAGCCAACUCUAAGAUAGAGCAAGUGUUACGACGGAUGAGUACAGCUCUGUAUGAGAAGAAAGAGUACUUACUGGAAUGUCUGCAGGGCACUGGUACAGACUAUAGAGGGACAAAAUCCAAAACAGCGUCUGGACGGACGUGUCAGCGAUGGGAGGCCACAUACCCUCACAAGCCAAACAUAACUCCAAAAACACACCCGAAGGCCGAUUUGGAGUCCAACUUCUGCCGAAACCCGGACGGGGAUCAGAAGGGCCCCUGGUGUUACACGACGGAUCCGGAAAAGCGAUGGGAAAACUGCGACAUCCAGGACUGCACCGAGGAAUGCAUGCACUGUAGUGGAGAAAAUUACAGAGGCAAGAUCUCCAAAACAGAGGGGGGACACACCUGCCAACGCUGGGAUACCCAAGUACCACAUAACCAUGGUUACAUUCCCUCUGCUCUCCCUGAGAAAUACCUAGAGGAGAACUACUGUAGGAACCCUGAUGGAGAACCUCGGCCAUGGUGCUUUACCACAAAUCCCGCCAAACGCUGGGACUUCUGCUCCAUCGCACGCUGCACUUCUGAGCCGCCUACGGUUGUGCAGGAGCUAACGUGUGCCACUGGGGACGGCACCUCGUACAGGGGAAUCAUCUCUGUGACAACAUCAGGGAAAGCGUGUCAGGUGUGGGCUUCCCAGACGCCCCAUAAACAUUCGAGAACACCAGAGAACUACCCCUGCAAGGGACUUGAGGCAAAUUAUUGCAGAAAUCCAGAUAACGAGAAGAAUCCGUGGUGUUACACGACGGAUCCUGACACGCGCUGGGAAUACUGCGAUGUUCCACGCUGUGGAGUUGAGCCACGCCCAGAGGAGCCGGUGAUCCCGCAAGCCGAGGACUGUUACGAUGGCGACGGAGGCUCGUAUCGCGGCGUCAUGUCUGAAACCGUCAGCGGAAAGAAAUGCCAGUUCUGGAGUUCCAUGUUUCCGCACAAACACAAAAAGACGCCACAAAACUACCCCAACGCGGAUCUGAGGAGAAACCUGUGCCGAAACCCUGACAACGACCGCGCUCCGUGGUGUUACACAACAGACCCGUCCGUUCGCUGGGAAUACUGUAACAUCGAGAAAUGCUCAGAGAAGGUCCAACCAGCCACACGUCCACCACCGGAGAAACCCGCACCUCCGCCUCCGCCGCCCGCGCCUGCUGCCACAGAGACGCCUUCAGACCAAGAUUGCAAAAUUGGAAACGGGAAGGAUUACAGGGGCAAAGUGGCAAAGACUCUGGUGGGCGUGACCUGCCAAGCCUGGAGCGCCCAGACGCCCCACCAGCAUUUCAGCUUUACCCCCGAGACUCACCCCGACAAAGGCCUGGAAUCCAACUAUUGCAGAAAUCCCGACAGUGAUGUAAAUGGACCUUGGUGUUACACAAUGGAUCGUGAGAAGAAGUGGGACUAUUGUCAGGUUCCUGAGUGCGGUCUGAAGUGUGGGCAGCCAAAAACAAAACCCAGACGUUGCUUUGGCCGAAUUGUUGGAGGUUGUAUCUCCAAACCUCACUCCUGGCCUUGGCAAAUCAGUUUAAGAACCAGUUCUGGCAUUCACUUCUGUGGAGGAACUCUGAUAAACGCCCAGUGGGUUCUCACUGCGGCCCACUGCCUGGAGAGAUCAAAGAGGCCGUCUGCUUACAAAGUGUACCUGGGAAUCCACAGUGAGAGAGGCAAUGAGCCUUCUAAGCAAGUGCGGGGCCUUGAGAAGCUCAUUCUGGAACCAACUGGGAAAGAUAUUGCUCUUCUCAAACUGGACAGGCCAGCACUGCUGAACGAUCAGGUCAUGCCAGCGUGCUUACCUGAGAAAGAUUACAUCGUGCCCGGGGAAACAGAGUGCUACGUCACGGGAUGGGGCGAGACUCAAGGAACUGGCGGAGAUGGUUUACUGAAAGAAGCAGGCUUCCCGGUCCUCGAAAACAAAGUUUGCAAUCGACCUGCCUACCUCAACAACCGAGUGAAAGACCACGAAAUGUGUGCAGGAAAUAUCGAGGGAGGAACGGACAGCUGCCAGGGCGACAGCGGUGGUCCACUCGUGUGUUACUCAAAGAACACCUUCGUCCUUCAAGGUGUGACGUCGUGGGGACUAGGCUGCGCCAAUGCCAUGAAACCUGGAGUAUACGUCAGGGUCUCCAAGUUCAUCAACUGGAUUAACAAAGAAAUAAAAGCCAAUUCCUAAUCAAACCAGCCACAAAACAUGUUGAGAAGAUGUAGUGAGUGUAAAAUGCCACAGAAGGUCCUUCUAUAUCAUUGCUAUUUUAAAAAUACAGCUAAAAAAAACAAACAACAACAACAACAACAACAAAAAAAACUCAUUCAAAAUGAUGAGGACAUUUAGUGACACUAAUAAAGUGUAGUUUGUCAAAAUAUGUACAGAGAGCUAAUUAUUCAUAAGACCCCCAUCCCCCAAUCCAACAUUAAAAGACAUUUAACACA